AUGUCAAAAGAGGGAUUUUCUAUAUUUUUGUUCUUAGAGCAGGUUCCUAUGUGUGUUCUGGGCCAGCUAUAUGACAGAUCUACUCCAAAUAUACAUAGAGAUAGACCCCUCACCUCAAUCAAGGUCCAGUCUUACAGCAAAAAAUUUUACAGGCACUUCAGGGGGUCAAAUAAAGAUGGGAAUCUAUUCAUAUACACUCAUAAACAUGUUCCAAAUAUAAUAGAACACUUCCCCACCAAAGGUGCAAAUGUGCGACACAAACAAGAACAAAUCAACAAACGACUGCAGCUGCAAGUAGUCAAAGGCAGCGCUGCAGUUAUAUCAAGGCCACUAUAUCAAUUGUGGUUAAUAACUGGCACGCUAUCAAACUUUUUUGAUAGUGCACCUGAGCUGGCACACCUUAAAGGGACUGGCACCUGUAAUGUUGGGCCCUGGGGGUUAGUUUUUGGCUAUCAAUGUCCCCAGGGACUGGUGCCUUCAACUUUGUGUUCUGGAGGUAACUUUUUGGCUAUCCAUGUCCCCAAGGACUGGUGCCUUCAUAUUUGGCUCAUUGUGCAAGGCUAG